AUGUUGAGGAUCACUCUGUGUUUGUCAUUCGGUGUGUUUCUGUGGGGAUUUGCUUCAUGCUCUAUCAUGUGUCCUGAUGGGAGUACUUGUCCAGACACCGCCACCUGCUGCAAGGCUAACAUUGGCUUUGCCUGUUGUCCCCAUGUACAUGCCAUGUGCUGUGCCGACCUGCUCCACUGCUGCCCUUCAGGAUAUCGCUGUAACCUGGUUACCAUGAAAUGUCAGAAAUUAGACCAGCCGUGGCUGACCAUACCCAUGGUGAAGAAGGAUGCUGCAGAGAAACCAGCCCCCCCUGAACUGCCUGGAACUCCACUCCAGGAGCUGAAAGAGAGCCAUGUCCCAGAUCAAAUAAAGAGUUCAGUGGUCUACUGUGACAGUUACACCUACUGUCCUGAUGGCACUACUUGCUGCAGACACCCAAAAGGAGGCUGGACCUGUUGUCCCUACUCUCCUGGCAAAUGUUGUCUCGAUGGCUACCACUGCUGUCCAGUUGGAUUUGACUGUGACCACACCUACACGCACUGUGUGAGGGAAAAACUCACAUAUACUUUCCUCCGCAAGCCAGCACUACCUUCAGGACCUGCGUCCUUCAUCCCAACUUCAGAGGAAGACGACAAUUAG